AUGGAAGAACAAGUUGAAAUAUUAAAACAUCGCAUUCAUUCAAAUUGUUUACCACCAGCUUUCAAUCUUCUCGAUUAUUCUCUUGACAAAAUUGAUAAAAUACUUAAUCGAUCAAAACGAUCUACUAUGAAUGAUAAUGACAACCAAUUACAAACAAUAUUACUUGCUCAUCGUUUAAAGAAAAUUGACCGAUUUAAAUAUGAUAUGCUUGAAUUAAGUAUAGGAGCUGGUGAAGAAAAGUCUGAAAUAUCAGUUCAACCUAUACUUGCUUCAAUCAAUACACCAGCUAGACAAAUAUCAAGUUUUCUCGAUCAACUUCUUACACCAAUUUACAAUUAUGUGACCAAACAUAUUACACUUAUCAAUAGUAUAGAUGUUGUUCGAAAAUUAAAAGAAUAUCAACAACAAGGUUAUCUUACUUCGACAACAUUAUUCAUCAUAUUUGACGUGGCUGAUUUAUAUAAAAUGAUACCACGUGAUGGUGCUAUUGCUGUUUGA